AUGCACGACGAUGGCUUUAUUCUCUCCGACGACGAUCUUAAGAAAUACAAUGGCCACAAGCAGAUCGAUAAGUACUACUUUCCAGAAGGUGCCGAUGGACCUACCAUAGACACUCUACCAGAUGACACCCCUAUUGAUGACAUUAAAGAGUGGCUCAGGCCGACUAAAACCAGCUCAGAAGACCAUCAUGGAGGCAUGGUAAAACCGGCUCUUCAGAUCCUCAUGAUCAAGACCAAGAACGAAUUCUCUGGUGACCCCGAACAGCAUAUUCCCAGUCAUCGAACCAUACCAGGGAAAACUGAGGUCGAACCACACCCAAACCAGAAAGAACAUAUCAAACUUGUCCGAGAGGUCUUCCGACAUGCCAAACUACCACUAGCUGCCGUCGGAGCAUACAUCAAGUCCCAUAUAACCUUCCUCAGCGCACCAACUUAUGAGGUUUUCGGAGAUGAGGGUACAAAUGGUGGUGAAGUGACUCGUUACUACUGUUCAGGUACUUCAUGGUCGAUCGCUUGGAGCUAUUUCCAUGCCACAAGACACACAUCAGCUGUAUUACUCUAUCGUGAGGGCGACGGAGCUCUAAGACGGGGCGAACUUGAGCAUGAGAUCUUGAGGCUGAAGCAACACAUCAGUCAUCCUUUGCUGCUCGCUUUCAUCAAGACACAGAUCAGUCUGGUUUGGACAUUUCAAUUGCUGGAGCAAAUGAAUGGUCAAACUUUUGACAUUGAGAAGAGUGUCGGUCUCGCGACCUGGGACUGGUGCUUGGAUCGUGAAAUUCAAGCGUACCAAGAACCAAAUACGGACGACGUUGACUUUGAGGAGAAGAUGGCCAGGGCUCAGAAGCAAGCUGUGGAACGUUACAAUGUCCUCAGCAAUAAGAUCAUCAAUAUCAAAUUUCGACUUCGAAGCUUUCGAGAACAGAUCUCGUGGGUACGCAGAAUGAACAACGUGCACCUGAAGUCGUUGGUUAAGAGCUGCACCAAUUUCGAGGUGCGAAGGCGAGAGUGCCAGGAGUUGAACACCAUACUGGACCGGCUAGACGAUUUCAACAAGGUAUAUCUGCACGAUGCAGACACUUUAGCUGAACGAUUAAGUCAGCAGAUGGCAACGAUGUCACACCUGGUCACCCAGAGAGACUCCAGGAUUAGUUUAGCAAUAGCGGACAUCAACAAUGAGCUUGCGUGGCAGGGAAAGAAUACCAACCACGCCAUGAUGGCAAUUGCAGUAGCAAACUUCCUCUUUCUACCUGCUACCUUUAUUGCCAGUGUGUUCGAUACACCAAUAUUCGAUUUCGGAGGCCAAAAUGGGAAUACCAUCGUGACUAGGCCUUUCUGGAUAUUCUGGCUAGCCUGUGGCUCCACGACAGCCUUGCUGUGUCUUUGCUGGUCCUUAUACAUUCGUGCGAAACGAGCUUUCGACAGGCAGUACCGGCAGGACGAAAGGAAGGAGUUCCGAAGGACGUUUUUGCGAACGCCAACACUGACAAAGCGAACAAAGCGGGUCGGGCCAGCAGCAGAGAACGUGCAGCCUCAAGGUGCUUGGUUUUCGUUCUGGAGUGGCAGGGUUGGUAAACUUCCUGAUGAGGAACACGGAAUAGGGUUGGGUGCCCUGAAAGCUGCAUCAUGCCAGAAGACCGUAUAA